CCCACAUACUCUCAUCAUGUCGAACCAACACAAUGCCGCCACUUCAUCGGGCCGUAACGGCCCAAGGCCUUCAGAGCAACACGCUCUACCCUCAGGAGAGUGUAACGUCAAUGGAGUUCAUCCUAACGACAGAUCUCAGGAUGCUCAGAGCACGGAUCCCCGAACGCCUAUUGAGGCGAGUUCUAGGAAUAAGAACUCAGAGACUCCUCCUAGACAAACCUGGGAGGAGACAAGAGGUCAUGGCAAUGGGCCUCGUGAACAGACCGGCAGUGACGCCACAAGCCCCCCAGGAGGAGCAGAGAGAGACCAGCAGCAGGCUCCAACUGGUGUUCAGACAACCACAAGCACCACCAAUGGGAUUGAUCUGAGCGAAGCUGGCAACCUUGAAGAAGCCAUUGACUUCGAGUUGGACGAGGAUUAAGGCUUCUACAUGAAACUACCUUCGACACCGUAGCAACGGUGCUUGCGAGCAACAUAAUACAGCGUCCAUAAGCUGGACGCCCGUGUUGAACCGGGGGAC